AGUCUGGUGUGGGGCUAUAAAACCUCGCUGGGAGCAGGAUGAGACCCCAGAGGCAGCCUCACCUCUCAGGGAUCCACAGAAGGCUGUGAUGGAGCACCUGCAGACCCUCCUGCUGCCCCUCCUGCUGGUGAUGUGCCCCCCAGCCAGCAGCAAUUAUCCCUGGAAGUGGAGGGAGAGAGGAGGAGAAGCCAAGGCACCCUCCAGGACACACCCCACACCCUACAUGGCCUUUCUGCAGGGGAAGGACAACCAGUCCUGUGGAGGCUUCCUGGUGGCUCCUGGCUGGGUGAUGACAGCAGCUCAGUGCCUCGUGCACAAACCUCUGACUGUCAUCCUGGGAGCCCAGGAGCUGCAACAGAGAGAGGAGAGCUGGCAAAGCUUCCAGGUCAAGGAGUACCACUGCCACCCGGGCUUCAGCAGCCCUAAGAAGGGCAAUGACAUCCUCCUGCUGAAGCUGAAUGGCAAUGCCACCAGCAAUGGGCAGGUCAGGCCCAUUUCCUUUGAGAAAUCCAAAGUUCGGGGUGGCACCGAGUGCAGCGUGGCCGGCUGGGGCUACAGGACAGCCACUGUGACCAUCCUCAAACAAAGGGACUGCCUCAGCCACUACCCAGGGCUGGCUGACAACUUGGUCUGUGGCCUCAGCAGAUCCUCCGUGGUGCCCAUAAAGGGUGAUGCUGGGGAUCCUCUGGUCUGCAACAACAAAGCCUUUGGCAUCUUCUCCUACAGGCACAACAACUGGCCUGGCUUCUACACCCACAUUGCUCCUUACCUCCCCUGGGUCCACAGUGUCAUGAAGUCCUCAUGACCCUGCUCCCCCUGCGCUGAGCUCAGCCUCCAGAGCCCUGUCCUCACCAGCUUUCCUUUCCUUUCUCCUGGGAAACAUCUGCCACUGCUCCCCGUGGAUGUGGCAAGGACUUCUGGGCUCCUUCACUGCUGCCCUGCUCUGCCCUUCGUGGCUGCAGCUCCGCAGAGGAGGCAGCAGGACAGCCCCAGAGAGGUGCCAGCAGCUGAGGGGAUGCCUGGAACCCUCAGGGGGAGGCUGCACAAGGAGAUCAGAGGCAUCCAAAGAGCAGCCUGUCAUUUGUGGCAUGUCUGGCUGUCCUCUGCCCUAGCCCUGGGCUGCCCAGGCUCCAAGGAGAACACUUCCAGUUCCUACUUCACUGCUGCUGUCCCUGCCUCUGAAACCUGCUGCCUCCUUGCUCCCCUCUUCUGUAGCUCCGGUGUUGUAAGAACACGUGAAAGCAAUAAAUCUCAUCAGCAUU